AUGGCUUCACAAUGGGAUUUAACCAAAAUGAGAUUUGAGUUGCAAUAUUUUUCAGAUAUUUCAUUACCAAAUAAUUUCUAUAAAUAUAAUGAUAAUCAUGCAAUAUUUAACAAGGAUAAGACCUUAUUAGCAGUUUAUUUAUAUGUAGAAAAACAAUUAAUUAUUUAUUCAACAGCAUAUGGAACCAAGUUAACAACAUUUACAUUUGUAAAAAUCGAAUGUGAUGAAAUGGUUUUUAUAUACACAGAAGACAACACAGAGCAUUUAUUUGUAGCAUUACAAGACGAAUAUAUUACCAACACAGUCAUUUAUAGAUUCAUGGAUCCAUAUAAUUUAAAUAAUUUUACUGAUAUAACUGAAAUUUAUACAAAGUAUUUAUUUAAAGAUAAUCUAAUUAAAAAACAUCACAAAAAAAAAUUAGAAAAAAAUAAAGUAAUUAAAGUAAUGGAUAAUAAUUUUAUUUUUUUACAAGAAAUUAUAUCAAAAGAAAUUAAAUUGCCAAAUUCACACCUAAAGAAUUUCAACCAUUUAUUUUUAUCACCAUUUAUACUGGAGAAUCAUUAUGAUAAAGAAUCAGGUUAUUUGAAAUUAAAACAUUUAGGGGCUAAGUUAGAUGAAUAUGAUUAUUUUGAACAAUGCACCCAUUUCUUAUUAAGGUGUAAAAUAUUAGAAAAUGAUGAUUUAUUAUUAAUCACAAGAUUAGGUAUGAUGAUAUUUUCAGUGAAUCUUAAUGAUAAAAUUUAUUUAAAAUACUUUUGGAAUGAUUGUAUUGAACAAGAGAAAAAACAUUGGAUGAGACAUACAAGUGACAAACAAUAUAUUAAAGGUAGAAUUUUAAAGGGGUUUGACAGCUUUAAAACCUCAAAUAAAUUACCUUCACCUAAUUAUGACCAAACUUGUAUUAGUGAGGUUACUUCAGGGCAAUCAUUUUCUGAAGGCUUUGCCAACUUUAAAAAAUUAAAUAGAUUACCUUCACUUAACUAUAAUUAUAUCUUUGAUAAUUAUAACCAAUCUUAUGCUGGUGGAAAUAACAUUUCAAGGCAUCCAUUCAGAGAUAUGUUAUUAGCAAUAUUAGAAGAUAUUUCUUCGUUUACAAUGUUUGCUGAUGAAAUCUUAAUAUGUGCUUUAAAUAAUCAUAAAGGUUCAAUAGUAGAACUAGUUUGUGAUAAAUGUCUAAAUUUUUUACAACAAAAUCCUGAAAUGAAUCUUGGAUUAUUAACAUUUUUAGUAAACAAAUUACCAAAAUUAAGUAAACAUUAUCCUGGGGUAGUAAAGAGAUUUCUUGAGCAAACGUCAAUGUUAUUGGAUCCUUCUUGUGAAAAAAUCUUUAUAUCAGAUUUGCCAAGUCAUUAUGGGC